UAAUCAGAGUGAAGUGAUCCCAGCUGCUGAGACGUGACCAGGUUUCAUGUCAGGAAACAUCUCAGCUCCUCUGCUCCUCAGGUUCUCUGCUCCUGAAACGAUGCUGUGUUGCUCCAUGUGGCUCCUGCUCGUCCUCUGCGUGUCCACAGCUGCUGGGGUCCCGGUGAAUCCACCUCAGGCUGCUGCUGCUACAGGUAAUGUGACGGUCAGUCCGACGCUCGAUGUGCAGCAGCCAAAUACUUCAGAGCCUUUACAAGUCAGCGCUCUUCCUUUAAAUAAUACCCACAAUGCAACUCAUCCAACACCAGGUGUUGGGAACGUUUCCAUCGAGCUUGGGUCGCCGCAGAGAGACAACUCGGAAACUUUAGAGGAGCUUCAAGAAGACCUGAUUGUCCAAGAAGGAGACAUUCUGAUGCCGGAGGUCAGGAACGCUGUGUCUAGCCUGUGGCCGGACGCCAUCAUCCCUUACGUCAUCAGUCAGGACCUGGCUGAUCGAGAGUCAGAGAUGGACGCUGCCUUCACAAUGAUCUCAAGCGUCACAUGUAUUCGCUUCAGAAAACACACCAAUGAAUUUAACUACCUGAACAUCAAGACAGGAAAAGGCUGUGCGUCCUUCGUGGGCUGUAUCGGAGGAGCCCAGUCUCUGUACUUUGGUCAGUCCUGCAGAGUGGGGAACCUUUGCCACGAGCUGGUCCACGCACUGGGAUUACAUCAUGAGCACACCCGCUACGACCGGGACCAGUACGUCAGUGUGCAGUGGCAGAGAAUCCAACCAGGGAGACAAAAUAACUUCAAGUUGAAACAUGGGGACACUCAGAAUCUGCCGUACGACGUGGACUCCAUCAUGCACUAUGGAUGGUAUUACUUCAGUCAGGACGGGGGUCCCACUUUGCUGCCCAAGAAGGGGGGGGAGCAGAUGGGUCAGAGGACACAUCUCAGCCAGCUGGACAUCCAGAGAAUCAACAAACUCUACCACUGUGACGAGCGGAUGAAACCACACUGAGCGGGUUCGCUGCUGGUUUGGGCCUCGAGAUUUAAUAAAAUCAUAUUUAUGAACAAAGAA